UUCCACGGCCCCCCGGCGCUCCGCAUACCUUUCCGGACUGUGCAGAGCGAGGAGUGUCCCUCGCUGGCUCCGGUGGGUGUGCGCUUUUAACUGUAUAUAAGCACCGGCUGCUCACACAUUUUGCAGAUAAAGAGUUUUGAGUGCAAAUUAACUGACAGCAUGGCGACCGACAAGAAGGCACCUCUGGGCUCCAUCGAGAACCCGAUCAAGUUCAUGGAUCAGGACUUCAAGACUCUCCUGGAAGAGUGUCUGAAGUCCGGAAAGCUGUUUGCUGAUCCAACCUUUCUACCUGAGCAGGAGUCCAUCGGUAUCCCGGAAGAUCUGGAUCCAAAAAAAGCGAUCAAGUGGCAGCGACCUAAGGAAAUCAGUAAGAAUGCUGUGUUUGUGGAGGGCACGACUGGGACCACUGACAUCUGCCAGGGCCAACUGGGUAACUGUUGGCUGCUGGCGGCCCUGUCAUGUCUCACCAUGCACCCCAAACUCUUUGUGAAGGUGGUGCCACCCAACCAAAGCCUGUCCAAGCCUUAUGCAGGGAUCUUCCAUUUCAGGUUCUGGCAGUAUGGUGAGUGGGUGGAGGUGGUUGUGGAUGACAGGCUGCCAGUUCGCGAGGGCCGUCUGCUUUUCAGCUACUCUGACACCCGCCACGAAUAUUGGAGCGCCCUGGUGGAGAAGGCCUAUGCCAAGUUAGUUGGAUCCUACGGAAGCCUGAAGGGGGGCAACAUUUCCGAGGGGAUGGAGGAUUUCACAGGAGGCAUCGCAUACUCGAUGAAGGUCUCAUCUCGCACCCCUCGAGUCCUCUGGAGGUCUCUGACAGCCGCCCUGUCUCGAGGCAGCCUGCUCAGCUGCUUCAUCCAGGCCAGCAGCGCCCGUGAGAUUGGUAAAGUGACAGGAGACGGGCUGAUAAAGGGCCACGCUUACGCCAUCACCGACACCGACAAGGUGACGAAAGCGUCGGAGGAGAUUUGGUUGCUGAGGCUGAGGAACCCCUGGGGUUUUGUCGAAUAUCGUGGUCCCUGGAGUGACAAGGGUAAGGAGUGGGAUGACGUGGUCAAAGCAGAGAAGGAAAGGAUUGAGCUGAAAAAGAAAGAAGAUGGAGAAUUCUGGAUCAGUGUCAAGGCUUUCUGCGGCCUGUUUGACAUCGUGGAGCUCUGCAGUGUGAACCCUGACACUCUUGAGGAGGGAAACACACCUGCUUCUCCUGCCUCCCAGUCUACCUGGACCAUCAGUGAACAUGAAGGAUUGUGGGUAACGGGAAGCUCUGCUGGUGGUAGCCGCAAAUACCAACGAUCGUUCUGGAAGAAUCCUCAGUUCCAGCUGGUUCUCACGGAGCAGGACCAUCCAGAAGAGGAAGAUGAAGAUGACGAAGAUGACGAAGAUGAUGAAGAUGACGAGGAUAAUGAGCCGAUGACCCCAGAGGAGAAGAAGAGAGCAGGGAAACAGAAGCAGAAAGCCAAACAGUGCACCGUGCUGGUGGAGCUGAUGCAGAAAAACCGCAGGCAGAAGGAUAAUCUCAACUUCCUCUACAUCGCUUUCCUCAUCUACAAGGUCACAUCACAGCUUCAGGGUGCGUGUCUGAGCCGCAACUUCUUCAAGACAAAUCGCCCCGUGGGUCGCUCUGGGAAAUAUAAGGCUCAGAGGGGUACGUGGAGGAAAUUGCAUCUGGACCCGGGGAACUACAUCAUCGUGGCGUCCACAUAUCGACCCAACCAGUCCGCAGAGUUCUAUGUCCGCAUUUUCUCCAAGACUGAAAACUAUCUGGGGACUCAGGACUUUACCUGCUCCUCUGGCUUACUCCCGGUUAUGGCAACUCCCGUCUCCCCGGUGGAUCGAAUGAGAGUUCAGAAGACUUUUGAUGAGGAUGCUAGCCCAGAUGACAGACUGAACGCCAAGGAACUCAUGAAGCUGUUCAACACAGCUCUUGACAAAGAUUACCAUCUGCCACUGGAGACGUGCCGACAGCUCAUCUUCGGAGAGGAUACUAAAGGGCGCUCCAGUCUCAGCCGUAAACAAACAGAGACCCUGCUGUCCAGUCUACGCCAUCUGCAGUCCAUCUUUUUCCAGUUCGAUGAGAACUCCUCUGGGUCCAUGAGCCCCUUUGAACUCAGCACAGCGCUGCAAGCUGUUGGGAUGCAGUGUGAUAGCAAGGUAGUUAAUCUGCUGUCUGAGCGCUUUGCCUCCGGAGAGCUUCACAUGCCCUUCCAUGGCUUUGUGUCAUGUGUCACCAGGAUGCAAAAACUUUUCGCUCUGUACGAAUCAGAGACCAGUCAAGAGGUGAAAGACAGAGGGAUCAACAUUUGGCUGCUUCAGUUCCUGAUAUUGUGA